CCUUUAGGCUUUUUGUUCCUUUUCAUUUUGCCUCCAAUAAAGCUGAUCAAAUUAUGUGCAGCGAGUACCUACAAACCAAACCAAUUUCAACCUUAUCAUAUUUUUAGAUAGCAGCCCCCAACCUAAAGCUUCCCAUGCAUAUCCACAUAUAUUAUUUAGAAAAACGUACGGUAAACUUCCGAUAUUCGUAAUAGAGCUGCAGUACAGGCGUGCUUUCAUCAUGCAAUGCUGGACAAGGCCCAUUGAGCAUCCUGUGGAUCUUCACCGCAAUGCACUAGGGUAAUUGAAAGGAUCCAAUAUUGAACAAACUAUAUCUCAAAAUAAAGGUAGAGGUUGUACCGAUUUGAACUAACAGCAGCGAAAAGGUACUGUUAGUUGUUAGGUGUGCUGCCUCAAAGCAAUGGUUUGUUUAGAGUUGAGCGGGGAAUCGCUCGAGGCGCACAUAAACCGUUUUGUACCCCCCACCCCGCCCCCCCGGGCAGAGGCUACAUUGAUUUUAACAGGCCCCAAAUGUAAUUCGUAAAGUGGGAAUUAUUACAGCUGGCAUUGGAACAGUAAUGGGAGAAGGAUUGCCAAUCUAUCUGCAUACCUAGGAAUUCGUGACACUUUGUUCAGUUUCUUUUUUUUUUUUUUUGCUACCGCCUGGUGUAGCGACCUUAAAUAUUCAAAAAUUGCGCCAUAACGUAUGCCAUGACGCACAACUAAAUAAAACACAAUAAAAAGAAGCAAAUUAUUUUGCACUUCUCAUUUAGAACGAUCGCUUAGCUAUAGAAUCGGCGCACGCGUCCUGUUUAACAUCUUCGCCUUAAACGCAAUUCUCAGCACCUUUCUUAAAGCAUGAGUAAACGAGUAUUUGUACCACAUAUCUGAUAGGGUGGAAUAAAAGUUAAUAUUAAUUCUAUUUGACCUCAGUAGACGGAUUUAUUUUUCUGAAGAGGACUUGCUUACUUACUGCUCCCUAGCCAACAUGGUGCAGAAUUGCGUCACCAUUUAUUUUAGCACUAUUUAGGAAUACAAAUUCUGGUCUUAAAUACUUCCAUGCGAAGUUCCGUCUAAAUAAAUAACGACUCUUAUCAACCUGACGUACACCCAUGAGGAAGAGGCCAUGGUGUCAGCGAAGAAUUUAAUAUUUUGUUUCUUUUUUUUUAGCGCAGCUCCGCAAAGUGUAAUUGGUUAAGUGCACUCCAUGGGUGAAAAACUGGCACAUAGGCGCUACUACUCUGGGACAAAAUUGGUCUCCAAACAUGCUAUCGCGACUCUACAAUUAGGUGGCAAUCGAAAGAAUCGUAUUGAAAUUCAUUACGCAUUAUUUCUCUCCAUUUCUUUACUACAGCAUUUCUGAUGCAGCCGUGUACUGUGCCACGUCGAGCUCCAUGGAGCUUCCACAUCGAGAGAGACCGUUCACCACAUAAACUACAGGCGCAAUGGCCGUGACCACGGUAGCUGAUAUCCAGCGCUUGGCCGAGGCCAAGAUGGAGGAAGGCGUGAGGACCUACAUCACCCUCGGGGCCCGCGAUGGACAGACCCUCAAGGAGAACAGCAAAGCCUUCAAGAGGCUGCGUUUCCGACCGCGGAUUCUCGUGGACGUGGAAAAGGUGAACACCUCGACCACCGUCCUGGGCCGUGCAGUAUCUUUCCCAGUGGGGCUGUCUCCAUCAGCGGCUCACAAGUUGGUACACCCUGCAGGAGAGAUCGGCCCUGCUCAAGCGGCACAGGGCGCCGGUACGGUGAUGAUAUUGAGCAGCCUGAGCACCGUGACCCUGGAGGACGUGAGGACAGCGGCGCGCGGCUGUCUUCUCUGGCAGCAGACGUACAUUUUUCGCAACCGGUCACUCACGGAGUCACUGGUCAAGAGGGCAGCUGCCCAUGGCUUCGCGGCGAUUGUGGUCACCGCGGACUCCCCCGUUUCUGGAGACGGCGUGUUGCACCAUCCCUAUAUGUCGCAACUGCCACGUGGCCUCAGUUUCGCCAAUUCCAUGGCCGCAUUUUCGGAUGAGGCACAUGGAUGCAAGCUCCAAGAAACGUAUUCGAGCGACAUGGAUACCCUGGCUUCGGCCACGUUGAACGACAUCGAAUGGCUAUGCGGCUUAUCGAAGCUGCCCGUCGUCGUCAAGGGAGUCCUUACUGCCGAAGCGGCGCUCCAAGCACACCACCACGGCGCAGCGGCCGUCAUCGUAUCUAACCACGGAGGGCGCCAGCUGGAUGGAACCCCGGCCUCGAUUGACGUCCUGCCCGAGAUCGUCGCCGCCGUUGGUGACAAGAUGGAAGUAUACUUGGACAGUGGAGUCCGAACAGGUGCGGACGUGGUCAAGGCGCUCGCACUGGGAGCUCGCGCUGUGUUCGUGGGACGACCUGUGCUCUGGGGACUCGCAUACGACGGGAGGCAAGGUGUCGAGAGAGUGCUGAAGAUAUUGAGAGAUGAACUGGAGCACACUAUGCGACUUCUAGGUUGUUCCGACAUUAAGGACCUGUGCGAAGAAUUUCUCAUCAGCAAGAAUCACUGUUCGCGAAGGUUUCGAUCUACGCUAUAAGCGAGGAAGACAUGGUUGCAGGGCCUGCUCAGUGGGAUGGUGACGUAUAUGCUGCAAAUUUGGGAGCCAUCGGAAAGAGAUGACCCGAACGUCCUGCUUUUGAUUUUUAGUCGAUGUUAAUACCUGCCCUGACCAACGACUAUCACCUUUUUCUGUCAUAUUCUUUCUGUAUCUGACUCGUUAUGUACGCGUGUUGAGCAACGUUCAGAAAAACAGAAACUUGCUCAGAUAUCGUUCUUGCCAA